AAUUUAUAGACGCUAUUAUUUCGACCAAUCGCGUCAACCCGUAAUCGAUCUUUAGGGCAAGAGGCGCCGCCAUUGUGAUACGAAUAGUUAGGGAUCGAGGCAAAUGGACCCACAAGCUGCCUUUGCUGACGCUGUUGCCCGUGCUAGACAGAUCGCUGCUAAAAUAAAUCAACCAGGCCAGUGUGGUGCAGGGGAUGGUAUAUCACCAGGUAAAAGACCAUUAGACGCUGAUCCAAACAAUUUUGACGAACCAGAAUCAAAGAGGAGCCCUUUCUUGCAGGACCCCGCAGGAGGAUAUCCAGGACUAAAUCAACCAAGAAACACAGAAGCAGCCCAAGCAGCAGCUCAGGCCGCAGCAAGAAUUAAUCAACAACUAGGGGUCUCAUCACCAAACAGCAGUAUGAUGCAACAACAGAAUGAUCAGAUGAACCUCGGUGGUGGUAUGGUCAUCACAGAGGAGUAUAAAGUACCAGACAGAAUGGUCGGACUUAUUAUUGGUAAAGGUGGUGAACAAAUCACAAGGUUGCAAGCAGAGACCAGUUGUAAAAUACAGAUUGCACCAGAAUGUGACGGCUAUGACAGCAACGGUAUGCCUGAAAGAUCAACAACUUUAACAGGAUCCCCACAAGCUAUUGGUAAAGUGAAAGAUGAAAUAAACAAGAUCAUUCAGAGGGCGCAAGGAGACCAGGGAGGAUUUGGUGAUAAUUCAGGGAACAUCGAGAUCUCCAUACCUGGAAACAAAGUUGGUCUCAUUAUUGGUAAAGGUGGAGAGACUAUUAAACAAUUACAGGAGAAAACAGGAGUUAAAAUGGUGAUGAUCCAGGACAGUAACGUCCCAACAGCGUUUGAUAAACCUUUGAGAAUUACCGGUGACCAGAUGAAAUGUCAGAGGGCAAAAGAAAUGGUUAUGGAGUUGUUGGCCUCUAAAGACAAUGACAUGGUAGGAUUUGAUAUGGGUGGUGGCUUUCCUAAUGGUGGUGGUAUGGGAGGAUUUGGUGGUGGUGGUGGUAGAGGAGGUGGGCUGGACAUCCCUGUACCUCGUGCAGCUGUUGGUAUAGUUAUUGGUAAAGGUGGAGAGAUGAUUAAGAAGAUACAGCAAGACACAGGUGCAAAGGUUCAGUUUAAGCAAGAUGAUGGUCAGUCAGAGGAUAGAGUGUGUUGUAUCACAGGUCCACCUGACAAGGUCAAUUGUGCUCAGGAAAUGAUCCAAGAUCUUCUAAAUAACUCAAAUUAUGGUGGAGGUAUGGGUCGUGGAGGUCCUGGAUUCCGAGGUGGCCGUGGUGGAGGCAGAGGAGGAUUCAACCAGGGACCAGGUCGUGGCAUGGGUGGACCAGGCGGGUUUGAUGGUGGAAACUUCCAAGAUCAGACAACGUUUGCUGUACCAGCUGACAAGUGUGGAUUAGUCAUUGGAAAAGGUGGUGAAACCAUAAAGAAUAUCAACAGUUCAUCAGGUGCCCAUGUAGAGUUACAGAGACAUCCUGGCCCGAACCCUAAUGAGAAGGUGUUUAACAUCCGUGGUGAGCCAAGCCAGAUCCAGCAUGCUAUACAAAUGAUCUGUGAAAAAGCAGGCCUUCCUUAUGAUGGUCCCAGUGGAGACAUGUUUCCAGGCCCAGGUGGUCCUGGGGGUCCAGGUGGCCCCGGGGGUCCCGGAGGACCUCCUCAGGGUGGACCCGGUGGCCCGUAUGGUGGCCCAGGUCCACAGGGACCAGGUGGGUUUGAACAGUAUGGAGGUCCACAGGGAGGUCCAGGACCAAACCAACCUGGGUUUGGAGGAGCACCACAAGGAUGGGGAGCUCAGCCUGGUUAUAAUCAACAGUUCCCAGGUCAAGGUCAACAGCCAGGAGCCCCAGCAGGUGGUGACCCUAGUGUAGAUAAACCACAGGACCCUAAUGCUGCAGCUUGGGCUGCCUAUUAUGCCCAGUACUACGCUCAGUACGGACAGCAGGGACAACAGUAUGGCCAGCAACCACAGCAGCCACAACAACCCAUGCCCCAGUCACAACAGCAACCAAGUAUUAACCCACAGACAGGACAACCAGAUUAUUCCCAAGCUUGGGCGGAAUAUUACCGCCAACAAGGAAUGUUUCAACAAGCCAAUGCUAUACUAGCCCAGCACCAGCAACAACAGGGUGGCGGCGGACAAACCCCAGGGGCACAACCUCCCCAACAGUAAUCUGCAGUUUCAACCCUUUAUGAAAAUUGUUUCAGGGGAGAGGUAGGCUUGAAGAGUUAUUGUUCAUUGUCUCAUGUUUUUCAGACAAACGGAUUACAGGACGACUUCACUGAAGAGGAAGACUACAGGGGGAUUGAAACAUUGAAAUUUUUUACAUACCAUUUUUGAACGUAAUUAUUAUUAUAAACAUAUUUUUGUUUUGCGAAAUUUGAAACGAAAACUACUAUUGUUUUUAUAUGCCAUAAAAUUGUCUAUUUGCGAUUCGUGUUACUAUGUUGCUUUUUAAUCGAUGAUCUUGCAUUGUUCUUAUUAAUUACCUAUGAUUGAAAUUGUCUUUUUUAAACUGAAUUUGUGUUUUCAUAUUUUCAUGCAUAAUGAUAACGUUAUAUUUUGAAAUGUCCAUGCAUAUUUUACUGUGUAGAUAUGGUCUGAGAAGUUCCAAAGCCGAGAUUCAUCACUUGUUGACUUUAUGAUAUUUAUAAACGUUUAUAGACUCUUGUUGCUAUUCGUUUUUAUUACCAUAGAUGCUGUAAAAUAGAAAACAAUUUAUAUGUUGACCGAUUUGCAUGAUCAUGAUAUUGAUGUGUAUUAUAAUUAAAUUGAAACUUUGGUGCAUACAUUGAAUAUAUAGGUUUUAUUCCAUUCGCCAUGUUUAUAAUGUGCCCUCUUGUAUCAGAUGUGAUUUCUGCAUUAUAAGUUUUCCGUUUCUGUGAUACAUUGAAGUGUGUAUAUAUAAAUAUAUAUAUCUAUAUAUUAUGAAAACACGAUAAACAUGUAUUUUAUUUGAAAUCGCAUAGACAUUAACCUUAUCUGAAUGUACAUUGAGAGUAGUGAUUUAGUAUGUUCUCUUUUAUUAAAACGUUUUUUUAUCAUGAUGAAAAUUUUAUGCUAUUUUUUGAAAUUGAUCAUUGUAUUUAAUGGUAAAGAUAUAUAAAUGUAUAUGAUUCAAUCCUCGUGGAGAAUAGGUAAGUAGUUCAGGUAAAUAAAUUUUUCUUCUUUUUGUGUAUGUUUAUUAAAUGCAAUGUUGACAGUCAUGUAUCAUAUAACUCGUGCAAGAUGGUGUCUCGAGAGAAAUGCGUGAACGUCACAAAGCCAUAAUGGUUAUGGUAUUAGUUUUGAAGGUAAGUGAUUUAGAGCAUAUUGGUCAGUAAUCGGUGAACAUAGCAAACUGGGAUAGUGAAUAAUAGUUGCUCAAGCAGGUAUAGUAUACCUUUUAGUUUUUAACAAGUUGACAGAUGUUGAUUAAGAAAUAUCUAGUAUUAAAUGUGUUCUUAGGUUUGUUGUCCAAUUAAUAACAAAGUUAUCAAGUCACCUCGUUAAAAGGUGAUUUUUAUAUUUUUCAUUACUAUACUGUACUUAUUCAUAUUAAAAGAUAAUUAAAAUGUGUGUAGAUUUAGAAAAGAAAAUUUUCAUUACAAUAGUUACAAGCUUUAUACCAGUGUUAGAAUGUUUGUUGUUUUUUGUAUUUUCUAACAGGACAUGAUGUUUUCAUGAAGAUUUUGCUGUUUUCAAGUAUGUAUUGUGACAAUAAAUAGUAUGUCAAAACAUUGAUAUCAUCAAGUAAUAAAACAAAAACCUUUGCUAUUUUAUCAUCAUAUGUAUAUUGUGCUCAUUUAUAUGGAUUAGACAACAGAACUGAUCCUGGCCCCAAGUAAACCCAGUUGAUUAUUAGUGUCAAGAUCAUAAUGGCAUGGAGUAGGGCAAUCAAGUUCCAGAAAUCUUUGUAUAGUUAUAGAAAAAAUAAAGUUGUAUCUCAAGUUUUCAUUAAAAUAGUUUUUUUUUAUACCACUUUAUAAUGAAUUUUUUAUUUUUGUUCUUUAAUCCUUGCCCAUCCUAAAAUAUAUAUUUUUAUCAUCAUACAUUACAUGCUUUGUAGUAGUUCACAUUCCAACAGUAUUGUUUUCUUUUUUUUGUUUUAUUCCUUCACAAAAUUUGCUACUCUUGAAUUUUCUGACAGGAGUUGCAAGAAUAAAUGAUUAACAAAAUUGAUGUGAUGCAAAUUUUGAUAAUUUAAAGGUCUUCAUAGUAAUACUGGUUACCUCAUUUACUUGAUAGCAAUUUGCUAUCAUGUCAGCUGGCAACAUCCUCAGAAUGCCAUUUGUAUUUGUUUAUGUAGAAAUAGUAUUGGUCAUUCAUUUCUGUAUUGAAUAAUUAUAAUUGACGUAUAUUAAAAACUGUAUUGUAUAAAUCUACAUUAGAUAUUUUGGAAUAACAUUUUCACCAUGUUGCAGAAAUUUGAUUAAUUUUCAUUUCAUCAUAAUACGUUGUUGUUUUUUUUCUCCGUGUUUUCAUUUCCAUAUAAUGUUCAAGAUUUAAAUGGUCUUGAUGUGUUUAAGAUUAAAACGUAUAUUGGUUUGUGGUUAAUAUUUAAUGAAAAUACGUUAUGUGGAUCAAGAAAGAAUUUUCCCCCAGAAGAUGAAACGGGGGUUUUAUUUUAAGAAAUGUUACAUAUAUAUACUUGAAAUUGUUAAUCAGAGGUUCUGUGCCUGUAAAUGGGGGGGAGUAUAUCUGAAUCGUGUAUUGUUGGACAUAGUUCUUGUGUGAUUUAACAUUUAUUUAGAUAUGAGAUAGCUCUUGCAUUUGCCGAGUGUUGGCUGUUAGUGAAGGGUGUAGAUAGUGGUGGCCACAUUCAUACAGAAUGUUAUAAUAAACAGGAUACUGCAUAUUGUUCGCUAUUGAAUUGACAUUUUAUAUCAUCGAGUGAUUUUGUUUGUUUUUUCAGUCACAUAUUGACACUUGUAUUUUAAUUCUUAUUUUUUAUUACUAAUUGAAAUAUAUAUGUGUAUCUUUAAUGCUUCGACGUAUUUGUUGCUGUUGUAACCGGGUGAGAACAAUAAUUAUAACACCCUCUUAUUUCACUGCUAGUUACAUUAAGAAGGUCUUAUUAUUGUGUGCUGUUGUAUAUUAAUAAUCACAAGUUUUUACUUUAUUUGCUAAUGUUGGUUAGUUGAACAUUUCUUGCAUAUUUUUUUCUCUCCUUUUUUGUCUGUGGGACCCUUUUUGUGUAUUAUGUAUAUAUAUAUAAAAAUGAAAAAUUAUGAAUAUGUUUCCUUAUGCUCCAUCAUUGAUCAAUAUUUAUGCUCCGUAAGAUUUUCAUGGUUUUUACGAUCUCGUGAUUUUUUUUCAUUGUUCAAUUUUAUUAUAAAUGCAUUGCAAUAUGUAACAAUAUGAUAACAUUUUAAAUUGAUGAGAUGAAAGCAUUAUUGUCAGCCAUUCUUGUCGGGUUAAUUUUUUUUUGUAUUUAGUCGUAGAUAGGAAAUAUUAACUUCGAUGAUUUAUGUACGAUAGUUUUCCGACGAAAAGACAUUUCAUUGUAUUCUGUAAACUGUGCCAUCUUUCUGUGUUUUUUUAAUCGUAUAAAUUUGAUUAUUUUUUAAAAUGUUUUCAAGAAUGUUAUUUUGACUUAAAGUAUUGAUGAUCAUACAAUAUUAUGAUGAAUAUUUUUAUGUUUUUUUUCCUCUCCAAAGAUUUAACAUUGUGUUGUUCUAUGAACAGCAUGGUGUAAUUUGCAUUCUUUUGAAAUUGAACUUUUUUUGUACUAUUGUAUGUAUUAUAGGAAUUAAGAGAGAUAUUGUGUUGAAUUUUAUCGCAUAGAGGACUAUUGAAUUUGUAUAUGCCAAGAAGCAGCUAUUGAAUUUUACUCCCCAUUAUUUUGAUUAUUGAAAAUCUUUGUUUUAAAACAUGUAAGAUGUUGUGUACAUGUAUAAUAAUCAUUGUUAAACUUGCAAAAAAUCUGAUGUUAUUAUGUCUUGAAAAAUGUUCUUUGUGAAUGUCCAUUAGUAUAGAAAUGAUGGCAUCUUGUAAUACUCCUGAUAUUUGCUUUGAAUUGUACCAGAAUUAUCUUUAAAAAAAUGAAUAGGGCAGCAAAUUAUAUUACAUUUUCCCUUUUUUUCCUUUUUGAAAUUUGUCUCUUAUUUUAUGUAUGAAAAUAUUUUGAAAUUAUAUAUCUGCAUAAUGUUAUAUGAUGACUUUGAAAAAUGAUUACAAAUUUGCUAUGUCCAUUUUUACUGUACCAUUAUUAGUCAUUCUCUAUUUUUUAUGUUUCUAAUAUUGUACAUAAGAAAACACCAGUAUAAAAACAAUUGAUAUCAAAUCAAAAAGAUGUGUAUGUUUUUGAAAAAUGCCAUAACAAGAAUCUUUCUAUUGACAUUAUUGCUAUGAUGUAGCUUUUUUGCAAUGAUAAUAGGCCUGUUUUUAUGAUAAUUGUUCACCUGUAGUUUACUUUAAUUUGUAUGAUGUUUUUGCAUAUAUUUUCUUUCCUGUGUAAAUGUGUUGAUUCUAUGAUAAUUAUUGAUCACCAUUUAUUGUUUUUUUAAUGACUUUAGAUCUAUUAAUAAUUGAUAAUUAUAAAUAUAAACAUUGAAACUUGUUAUUAUAUUUAAAUAUUAUUCUCUUUUUUUAACAUCAUGCUCAUAGUGCUUCUGAUAAUUGCGUUAAUUUAACAACAUUCACUGUUGUCCUUAUUAUAUAAAUAUAAUUACCUCCCUUUUUUGCAUAAUUACCUCCCCUUUUUGCAUUAUCUACCUUAGUGUGUAGUGAAGCUGUAUAUUUUAAAUACGACAUUUCACUGAGAGUAUUAAAUUCCUGUUCUUUCGUGACAAAACUUCUUUCCCCCAUUUAAGAGGAAAGAUACCUUUGCCUUUCUAACCUGUGAAGGUAUUGUGUUAAAAGUGAAUUCAUAUCUUUAUUGGUAUUUCUUAUGAUUAUGCUUAACAAAAGCAUAUAUUCUAAAAUAAAACUAUUUAAUUGAAAAUUUAGUUUCAAAAGCAGUCUUACAUUACCUUUAUAAUUUUCUCUCUUAUUACUAUCAAUAUUCAUAUCAAAAUUUAGAAUUCUAGGAUUUAUGCAGUAUUGCUGAUUUAUGGUAGUUUGUAAUAUUUAUGCUGGAAACGUAUUUUUCAUUUGCACUAUUUGCUCGAUUUUUUUUUUACCAAAUGUUUGCAAACUAGUCAAUUGUAAAUUCGGUUGUUUUUUUAAAUGAUAAGAAAGUAGUAGUACUAUUUUUCUUCAGAUUGUUCAUGUACAUGAUAAUAGAAUAAAUUGUCGUUUGUUAUAAUUUACGUAGAUCUGUAUGUGAAAUUUUCCUAUAACUUCUGACCAUUCAUUCAUAAUGUAUGUUUUUAUUGUUGAUCAUUCUUCAAUACUAUGUGAAAUAAUGAAAAUAACAGUCCAAAUAUUUUUCUUCAAAAUUUAAAUUAUGUCUUGAAAUUCAUCAAAUGCAUUAAUUUUCCUGUGACAUUGAGCUAACAAUUUUCAAUAUUUUGUAAUUUCAGCUCUUAUAAAAAAAAAGCUCAAUUAAUAAUAAUUAUCAUGUAGAUAACACUAGGACUUUGAUAAUGGUUCAAGGUCAUGCAAAAAUAUGAUUUGUAUAAUAUGAAUAAAAAAUGUUCAUUUUUUACCAUUUUACUUUUCUUUGAUCAGGUGAUAUUUCUCUCUUAUUGUUCUUGUUAUAAUGUUUGACACAAUGCUUUAUGAACAAUUAAACAAUUGCCCUAAUAAUAAUGUUUUAGAUAUGCUGAAAUGUUUUUAUUAUGUUCCAUAUAAUGGGAGUUGAUAUAAAAGAUUAUUUUAAGUUUUUUUUCUGCAAAGGAGCUCUAAAUAGAAACAUUAUUCAUUAA